GGCUGCAGUGAUGUGGCAGGGUUGAUGCAGGCUGUGCUGUGCCUGCUCCUGCCUCUGGCCUAUGAGUAUGACCCUGGGCUGGUGCUGCUGGCGCGGGGGCCAGGCAGUGGGGUGGGGAAGGCGGCCUGGGCACAGAUCACCAGCCUACUCCAGGGCCUGGCACAGGGCCACACACUUGCCCUUUUACAGGAGGGUGAGGAGGAGGCUGUAGGGACCACGGCAGCCUCUCUGCUGGGGGACCCUGCUCCCUCUCUGGGGCCCCUGGGGGCCCCUCUCCCUGAGGACAUGGAGGCCAUGGAGAGACUGAGACAGAGGCUGCAGACACACUGGGGACUUCUGCAGAAUGCAGCUGCAAAGGGGAAAGAAGUCGAGGAAAAAGGACAGAACCAGGACUGAAGUCAUCUCCACACCAAUUGGUUUUGUGACCAAGGGAGAAAAUCCAUCUCCCAGGCAUCCAUUUUUAUACUGUUUGUAAUUUUGGUAAUUAAAAACAAUUAAACUAUCUGUUGGUCAUUCUGCUAUCUAGUAAUUGAAAAUGUCUGAAACUUGCACCACUGCGUAAUCUCCAUAUUGCAACACAACAAAAUAUGAAUAUCAUGGUUACUCUGUUUUCAUCAGUCCAUGUGUGAUGGAAAUUGAGAAACAACUUCCUGUUUGCGCAAAUGAAGUCAAGUCAUAGGGUCAUUCAGUAUUAAUAUUAAUAGUAUUAGUGUCAUUAUUCAUACAGAGGAUGCUGUUGGGCAGACAAGAUGUAGACAAUGCUGUGAUCUCUGUCAAAAGCAAAAACCUAUUUUCUAUGGAAAACUAGAGCAUAGCACAGAAAUACUGCUGUAAAACACUACUGCCAAAAUACAUGGAAAUGGCAAAUGAUGUAUUAUUUCCUCAGAGUAUUAGAUGUGGUUCUGCUUCUGAAUAAGGACUACUGGUAUAGAUGUUGAGUAGCCUAUGACAAAUUGUUAUGCAUCAAGCAGUCCCUCUAUGGGCUAUUGUGUGACGCAUCCUCUCCUCUCAUGGGACAACCGACAUCCAGCCAUUGACCGGCGCUGUCGGGCAGCCAAUAAUAAAGGCGAUGCCUUGUCUGCUAACUGAGUCAUCCGGUCCAUUGAAGUCAAACGGGCGCUCCUCUCCUCCUAUUGUUACCGCUACCGGCCCGAAGUGUUGUCCACGUCCUUUUUCCUGCCAGCGGACUUAAUUCCAGGUGUUCAAUGAAUCACGGGGAUUGAGGUUUCACAGAAUUGAGCUGCAGCGAACAGUUAGUUGACCGUCGCUCAAAGAUGGCUGGAGCUCCUGUUAGGUCAGCGACUUCGCAGUCAGGCAAGAUGAAAAAGGACGAAUCUUUCCUUGGAAAAUUAGGAGGAACGCUGGUUAGAAAGAAGAAGUCCAAAGAAGUGAGUGACCUUCAUGAGGAGGGGAAGAAUGCCAUCAACACUCCCAUGCUGCCCUCUGGGACUGAAAUCCACCCUGAGGACACCAUGCUGGAAGAGAAUGCUGAGAGGAACAUGCUGGAUCCGACCUCAAGGGAGAAUCCAAAAUUCAAAGAUCUUCAGAGGGUAUUGAUAGACUGGAUCAACAAUGAGCUGGAAGAGGACAGGAUCAUCGUCAAAGGCUUGGAGGAGGAUUGCUAUGAUGGACAGGUGCUUCAGAAAUUAUUUGAGAAGCUGUCUGGGCGUAAGCUGAACGUGGCUGAGGUGACCCAGUCAGAGAUAGGACAGAAACAGAAGCUCCAGACGGUACUGGAGGCCGUCAACGAGCUGCUCCGGCCUCACGGCUGGUCCAUCGAGUGGAGCGUCGACUCUAUCCAUGCUAAGAACCUGGUGGCCAUAGUGUACCUGCUGGUGGCUCUGGCCAUGCACUACCUGGCCCCCAUCAGACUGCCAGAGCACGUCUCUGUACAGGUGGUGGUGGUCAAGAAAAGAGAAGGCAUACUGCAGACGUCUCAUGUGACUAAGGAGCUGACGAGCACUACAGAGAUGAUGAUGGGUAGAUUUGAAAGGGAUGCAUUUGACACCCUCCUGGAUCAUGCACCGGACAAGCUCAACGUUGUGAAGAAGGUCAAAUAUUUGAAGAGAGAUUCAAACCUGCAGAAGGCAUUGUGUUUGGUUCCUUCAUACUUUACUCUUUUUAAAAUAUUUUUUUAUACCUCUCUCCAUCAGUCCCUCGUCACCUUUGUGAACAAACACCUGAACAAGCUGAACCUGGAGGUCACUGAGUUGGAGUCCCAGUUUGCUGAUGGUGUGUACCUGGUGCUGCUGAUGGGACUGCUGGAGAACUACUUUGUCCCCCUCUACAACUUCUUCCUCACACCAGAGAACUUUGAGCAGAAGGUUCACAACGUGGCGUUUGCCUUUGAACUAAUGCAGGACGGAGGCCUAAAGAAGCCCAAAGCCAGGCCGGAAGACGUUGUGAACUUGAACCUGAAGUCUACCUUGAGGGUGUUGUACAACCUGUUCACCAACUAUAAGAACUCCGAGUGAUGUCUACCUGCCACACGCACAGACACAGCCACAGUACAGUGUGAGGAGAAUGAAGGCACUGUGUUUGUGCUACCUUCACACUGGCUGAUGUCUGAACCCCUGAGGAACCCACUGGGACUAAAACCAAAGGCCCACCCCUUGUAUCAGUGGGAUGGUCUGAAGAGACUCCGAAUGUUUGUAUUUAAUCUCCCCAAUGUCAGUAUUUAAAUCCUCCUUUAUGCUAACCCUACCCAAGAACACGUAUGUUUCAUGUUUUAGUACUCAGUCAACACUGUAGAAUGAUUCAUGCAAUUGGAAAACAUGGGUUUGUAUUUUAUGCAAAAAAGCCACUACUGCUUUAUAAGAAAAUAUUUAUGAUCCACUGUUGCAUAUGCUAAGACUUGCUGUAUAUCAUAUCUCAGAAAGCUUAGUACAUUAUUCCCAUAUCAUUAUUAUGGUAUUGUUACUACAUCUAUUGUUCUAUUGUAUGUUGCCAUUCCAAAAUAUGAUAUGAAUGAAUUCUAACAGUACUUUUAGAUUUCUCUGAUUGUUUAUAUGGACAGGUUCAAGCCAUAUUUCUUACCCGAUGCUGACCCUGUUGCCUUUCACCUUAAGUGCCAUGUUAUUCUCUUCCUACUGUACCCGAGAGAGCCACAAAGCAUUGUGGUAUUAACCUGCCCUUCAGACGAUUCCCAGUAGACCUACCGGAGAACAGCUAGCGAGGCUCUCCACCUGCGAUGUAGCAGAGAGCGAGAGACCAGAGAGCUGCAUGUGGCCUACAGGAGUCCACUCAUGCAUUUUAGACCGAGGGUAAAUUAUUAAGAGGGAUGAGUCAAGUCUGGAUCGCCAGGAGAGCAGCUUGUCACACUGCUAGUAUGUAUCUGCUUCGAUGUCUGUCCAUCCCAAAAUAAAUGUUUCAACUCAGA